GAUAAACCUUAUCGAGAGAGAUAACAAAUGCACUUGAAAGAGAUAUAUAUGUAUAUAUGAGAUGAUUUAAAGUGUGCAAUUUGUUGUGAGACGUACAAAGUGAACUGGUUAGUGUGUCUUUGGAACCUGCAAUAUCGAAAUGGAAAAUAUGGAAUCAUCCCAAUGUUUGAUCCAGCCAGCAAAUCAAUUGGAUGCGAGAUCAAUAAAUGUAACUAUUACUACUUCUGCAUUGGACGGCUCAACAACGCCUUCGCCUGUAAAUUCAUCAAAAAGGGUAGCAAUUAAAGUAGACGACCAUUAUGAUGUAAGCCAUCCAAAGCAAGGAAUAGCGCUUGUCAUCAACCAAGUGAAUUUUAGUAACAUGCGCCCACGAGAUGGUAGUGACAUAGAUUGUAAUAGUAUAAGUUCGGUAUUAAAAACAAUCGGUUUUGAUGUGCGCGUGUUUAAUGAUCUUACAAAAAAAGAGCUUCUUGCCAUGCUAAAAACGAUUGCUAGUGAAGAUCAUUCGCAGAACAACUGUCUGGUAGUGGUGGUAAUAACGCAUGGGGAGGAAGAAAAUCGUUUAUACGCGAACGAUAAGUCCUACAAAGUGAGUAAACUGUGGGAACCCUUUGUCGGUGAUGCGUGUCCAUCGUUGGUUGGAAAACCGAAGCUAUUUUUCUUACAAGCUUGUAGAGGCACAAAGCUGUAUACUGGUUCACGGGUAAAACGUAUGAUUAUGGAACCGAUCCCAGGACCGAUAAAUUAUGUCAUACCUGCUAUGGCCGAUCUGCUGGUGAUGUACUCUACGUGUGAUGGGUAUUACGCGUGGCGCAACACGGAUAACGGAUCGUGGUUCAUUCAAUCGCUGAGCAACGAGCUUGGCGUGAAUGCUUAUCGCCUGGAGUUGUUGCACAUUCUUAUUGCCGUUUCGCGAAGGGUCACAAAUCUGUAUCAAUCGAACGCUCCAAGAAACGGAACACUUUAUGCAAAGAAACAGAUGCCUUGCAUAGUGUCAAUGCUCACGAAGCUGUUAUAUUUCCCAACACAAAAACCCCAACCGGACUGUUCCUCGCUAACAAGGAGUGAUAAUUCUGGCGAAUAAUAUUAUUCAUCGGGCGUGAUGAAAAAUAAAUUUAGUAAGUCAAUUAUACUUACUACUAAAUUAAGCCUAAUAGAUCGCAACAUCAAACAGAAGAAGUAGUAGAAAAAAUAGAAUCACACAAAUAGUUGCUAUUACUGAAAUAAUGAUUUGUUCGAACGAAACAUGUGCUGAUUGUUUUUUUUUUAAAUUUAGAGCGUUUCUUUGUGAAGCAAUGUUGUCUAGUGAAAGUUAGGUCCAACAGGGACUGUUAAUUAUACAAAAUUUGCUAAAGGUCCUCUCAUCCAGUAUGCAUAGUAUAAUUCAAGAUUCCAUAUAAUUUUGGAGCAGAGGACCAACUUUGAUGAAAUAUACAAGAGGAUGCAAAUGUGUUCGCUCGUUCGUUACAUAAUAAAAUAAAUCCGUACAUAAAACAA